UGGGAAGUUUUGUUGGAACGUGUCACGGCUUAAUUUUAUUUUUAGCAUUUACAUAGAGUGGUGAAAUAUCCGGUAUUGACUUUCGCUUAUUCUCAUUGAACGUAAACAGAGACAAAAAGCCAUGAGUUUACUUAAAGAAGGAUACAUAGAUUGCCAUACGCAUCUUGCAGAUUCGAUGUUUGAUCAUGACAUCGAAACGGUGAUACAGAAUGCGAGAAAAUCCGGAGUAGCUGCAGCACUGGUAUGUACCAUAACUCCGAGGGACUUCCCUCUGGUUUUGCGGUUAUGUGAGCAAUAUUCCGACAUUCUGGUACCCUGCUUAGGUAUUCAUCCUGUUCAGAAAGACUGUAAUGGAGAGGUGCAGUGUGUUACUCAGAAAGAUUUGGAUGAAGUCGUAACAGAGAUAGAAAAGAAUGCUGAUAAAAUAUGUGCAGUUGGGGAGGUGGGGCUGGAUUUCCAACCACGAAUUACACCUGAUACUAGUCACAAAGAUAUCCAGAGAAGUGUGCUUAAAGCCCAGGUUGAAUUAGCAAAUAAAUUAAAUCUUCCUUUAAAUGUACAUUCACGAUCGGCAGGAAAACAAACCAUAGCUGCUCUGAAAGAAUUUGGAGCAAGGAGCGUUCUUUUACACGCUUUUGAUGGGCGACCCAGCUCAGCAAUGGAGGGAAUAGCCGAGGGGUAUUUCUUCUCAAUCCCGCCAUCAAUCGUACGAACUGAACAGAUGAAACUGGUGAAGCAAUUGCCGAUAGACAGCAUGGUCCUGGAGACGGACUGCCCAGGGUUAGGUCCAGUGAAAGGAGAACGAAACGAACCUGCUAACGUACAAAUAUCCUGUGAUUAUAUAGCUAAAGUAAAAGGCAUGACUCCCCAGGAAGUGAAACGAAUUACUUCACAGAAUGCCGUAAAACUGUUCCCACGACUGAAAUUGAUACUAAAGUAGUGUACUCGUAAUUGUAUUGAUUGUACGUAAUG